CCUUUAUCAGUUCGCUGCUGCUAUUUGUCUACUUCUCAGCACUUUCCUCUGUCUACUGCACUUUAUCCUGUGAACAUCUUCACAAUGAGCUCACGGAAGUUGGGUCCCGGUUUUCCCAAUGCUUAUUCUGGGGGUUACAGCGAAUCAAUCAAGAGACAGAUCGACCGUGUCAUUCUGCCUGACAAGAUCAAGUGCGGGACAUGCAAGAAAUUUCGGUUCAUCAAUGCCUAUUCGAAUCGACAGCUGGAAGCGCUACGCCACGCUGUAGUGGUCAAGGGAGCUCGGGCCAGUACCAGUGGAUAUGCCAGAUGUCUGACUUGCACGGGAGGAAGUCUCGCUGAGCUCAAAUGCUCCGCCUGUGAUCGGGUCAAGCCUGUGGAUGAUUUUGCUAAGAACCAGCGCCAAGCGCGUGACUCUGCGAGAUGCUUGAACUGUGUCCAGAAACAUUCGGAAACUGAGCCUUUGGUCGACGAACACAAGAUGAUAACUGAUGGCGACUCUACCACCGCUAGUGCAGCUACUAGUCAGAUAGGCGGUAGCUCCGUGGUGGGGUCUACCAGGCGCAUUCAAGGCAGCGAGUCUCACUAUGACGGCUCUAUCUACGGCAACGACGAUGACGAUGACGACCAGUCCAUUGCCGGCGGUGUUUUUCUAGAGAAGGAAAAUACCGAUGAGAAUAGCAGUCGCCACGGAAAGGAGAGAGAGUUCAUUGGAUACGACCCUCAGGGAAACCCCCACCGCAUGUCCAUCCGAAUCGAGGCUCCAGAUCCUGCAGAUCUUGCAGAGGAUGCUGCAUCUAUUCACAGUGGAUGGACUGCCUGGGGUGUCAAGAAGACGGAUCCCAGCGAUGUCGCCCGGGCGAUACGGAAGAAGGAGCCCAAAUUCGCCAAGAUUCGAGGCUAUCGAUUCGAAAAGGGCGAAGGUCCCAGUAUGAGCGUUCCCGAGCCCACGGGCCAGACUAUCCCCUCCGACGACGAGGACGAAGACAAUGACCUAGACAGCUUUCUGUGAGCCGUCCUGCUACACCGAGGGGGCAAAGCUAUAUGCUACGGAGAUCGUGUUGAGUUGCAAGAACGUUGGGUUCAAAUGAGAGCUUGCUUUCGGUUCUUCUCUUCUCCUUUCGGUUCUUUCCUUUUCCUUCUCUUCGUUGAUUCUUUUGGUUUCCUAAACAGAAUGCAUCACUUGUACUGUGGCAGUUG